GCUCUUGUUUCGAUUCUUGCGUUGCGUGAUACAUUCGAAAAGAUUCACUAGUAACAUAAGCAACACACUGAAAGAGGGACGACCUAUGAUUUUAAGUAACUGAUUGAUUAAUUGCUUAGAUCCAUAACUUCAACGGCAGUCCCUGCCGAGUGUUCAAGUUGCCCAUUAGUUUUGGUUGUAUUAUAUUAUUGUUUUAUUUUAUUACUUGCUUUUAUUAUUAAGAGUUCAUUUUAUGUAUCAACUGAGUAUGUAUUUUAUUCACGGGACUUUAUUAUGGCUUUACUUACGGCGCUAUCAGUAUUCCUCCACUACACUUAGUACUUCCAGAAUAGAAGCAAUUCGGAUUUCGCACUUCAUUUUGAAGGUAGAGUGCAUCACCUCCAAGGCCAUGAUAACGUUCUUGAAACCAUAUGUCCCAUUCAAUCCACCGUACAUACACUUCCAAUGCUUUUAGAAGCGCUUUUGUAUUAUUAGGUAAUUGAAUUAAGUCUGUCUGAUAUGUAUGAAGCUGAUGGAUUACAUUUUAUGGAUUGUCCUUCUUUAUUCACGUUCGUAUGACAAUAAGCCAGUAGUAUUCUCUCCAACACCGAAUAUCAUGUUCCAUACGUCAAUAACAAGUCAAUGAUAUCAGUCUUUUUAGUAAUCUUCGACAUGACGGUCGUUUUCAUUCAUAGCUUCAAACACUUCGAACAUCCAUUAAAGGUUCAUUAAUUUUUUAUCCAAUGAUCCAUCCUUAAGUGGCAUCACUUGGGAAAUAAGACUCCUUGGUAUUUUCACUAGGGUCACUAAAAGUUUAUGGAAGCGACUUAUUAAGGUGCUUUUCUGUCUGGUGAAAUAGCAUUAGCAACUCUUAGUUUAUCCAUAUUCCGAUGUUUUUACAAAAUCAAAACCAAAAAUUAGUAUAUCAGGGCAUUAAAACGGAAAUGGUAACCUAAUUCACUAUUACUGUAAGUCACUGUGCUUACCCUCUUCUGUAUAUUUGUAGUUGGUUCCCCCAAAAAGUAUGCUCUGUUCUUACAAGAGGUCUCACGGUUAAAGACAUUGUUUUUCACUGCUACUUCUAAAUAAUCGUUCAUCUGACUUCAAAAUCUAGUUCCUUCAUUUUGUUAUUUCUCCUGGACUAGAAUUUUUUUGACUAAUCGAUCGGGUUUACGACAGACAGAUUUUCGAGUGAAAUCCAUCCAUCUAUUUGGCUAAGUAACAUCUUUUCAUAAUAGGUGAUAUCAUUUGGGGAUAAGAACUCUAACCCUAAUUUCUAACUCCUUAUCCCGAUUCCUCACACUAGUUUGUAACCAUAUUUUAGCACGUACUUGGUUGAAGCUUCUCAAGACCACUUCUGUAUACCUCUAAGGUCGUCUUUAUAUUGCAGCCAUCAUUUCAUUCGAAAGUACGGAAUGAGCGGAAGGCGACUGAUAGUAUCUUAGCAGAAUAAGAAGUAUUAAUGAGUCAAACCCCACAUCUGUAGUUUGAAUAGUCCAGAUCUCAGUGACCCAUGCCUCUGGGUUUUGGAUUCUCUGCUAGCCUUUAUCUUUAACCCUCACGGAAAAAUCCAGACACUGUACACCGCGGAUACACUGUAGCUACAUACCCUGAAUCAUUAGUUGCAUAAUAAAUUAUUUCUUCUCGUGGAAGUAAGUUUUCCCUUCAUCAUGAGCAAAAUUAGUUACUCUCUCGAGCUCAUCGAGAGUUCCUUACUGGUUUACAAUUCCGAUUUUAAAAUGUAAUCAAAUCCACGUUUUUAAGUCUGUUGUUAACUUGGAAUCUCGACGCGAUUGAUAUGUAUCGGAAGAGUAAUUUUUCCCCCAACAUUGUUUUAUCUGCCAGGUUAUUUUCAUCUGGAUGCCAAUAUUCUGUCAUUUCAAGGGUUUCUUACGCUAAUAAAUGUCAUCGACAUCUCAAGGACAAAAUCUCGGUUUAGCUGCCAAACUGGUUGGGCCGAGCGUCUAUUCAGGUGGAGAUUUCGUCAACUGUGAAAUAACUUUUCCCGGGAAUUCGGAUAUAGUUAAAGAGGAAUAUAAAUGGUUACUUACUGGUAUUGUUGGCUGUAUCAUUGGUCAAUGUAAGUUGGACAAUAGGCAACUAACUACACAGAACCAGGCGUCCCCAAAAUCACUGUCAUUUAGUACUUCUGAGUGGAAAUAUAAUUGUGAACUAAACUUCGAUGCUGAAUCAUUAUUCAUUUCUACAUUGGAGUCGAAAAGUCAGUUAAUAUGUAUCAUCCCAAUGCAUGUGAAAUUUAUCCCAGAUAAUAGUCUCAAAGGACCUGUCAAUUUGUGUGCUUAUCUACCGUAUAAUCUUUCACCUAGUAUUCGUGGCACGUUAUUUAAGUUCGCGUACAAGGUGGUUGUGGCAGUUCAAGUAAAAUAUCUGAACUCAGAUAUCAAGACACAUACUAUUCAGUUGCCUCUUCGUGUUUUACCUUCUUCAAUAAUGUAUCACAGUUUAAGACUUCAAGAAUGUGAUGACAAGAAAGAAACAUACUCUCCCGACUUGUCAAAUCCGUUUUGGGUUCCAGAUACCAGAGAUAAAGACUCUUGUUUUAAUUUUGGCUUUGAUGGAGGCUUUUCCUUGCAAUCACAACAAGUCAACAGUUUUUUGUUUGAAGAUACGGAAACACAUACUAAUAAAUCGGUUGGUCAAAUAUAUUCCUCUUUGUCUCAUAAUGUUUCCCAGUGUGGAAACUCGAAUUGCUCAGAUCAUUCUCCAGAAAAAUCAAACGAAGUUUAUAUCUAUCCCAGUUCACAUAUGGAAUUAAUGAAUCUGUUAGCAUGUUCACCACCCGCUAACUUCGUGAUUUCUACUCCACGUGGUUAUGUUGGACGGUUAUCUUUCCAACGUACGUUAUACUGCUUAGGUGAUAUGGUACGGGGUUAUUUUGACUUUAAUGAAGCUGUUGUUAAAUGUCUUAGUUGUGUAAUACGACUUGAAAGUGAGGAAAGAUUUAUGCUUCAUCAAGAAAAUCCUUUCCUCCUGCCAAACUGUAGAAUUAAAAGUAGAAGGAAUGAGGUUCAGAAUUGUUCUAUGGGAUGUCUACCUUUAACCAAAAUUGGUCAACCUUUAUGUACAAAUUUUCAACCUUUAGGCUCUACACAACAUACUACAUGGACAGAUAUAAAAUUAUAUUGUACAUCUAAACUGUUAUUACCUUUUACAUUGCCUAUUCCAACAAAUAUAACGCCACAAUUUCAUUCUGUUAGUUUAACUAGUCCAUUUAUUUCCUUAGAUUAUCGAUGGCGUUUACACUUAGAGCUUGAUUUAAUAUCUGAUAGUAGUAAAAAUGAUUUGUUAGAUCAUUUUCAAGGUAAAUCAUGUGUAAAAAGCGCCUACGGUACGGUAUGGACAAUUCCACUUAAGUUAAAAACUGAAAAAUUUGUGUGGGAUAUACCAAUCCAGUUAGUACAUUCAAAUCCUUCUGUGAUAGAUAAUUUAAGUGAUUCACUGAAAUAUCCCGUUUGUAUAUCAGAUAUUUGACAUUUUUUCUUUAUAUAUAUAUUUAUAUUUUGACUUUUAUAGGUUUAUUUUUUAAAACUUUUACUUAUAUUAAAAAUGUAAUAUUUUGCGAAUAUGUAUAUGCUAUUUGUAUAGUAUCUCAAAUACUUCUAUAUCCUACCUAGUAUAAAUUGUUCUUAUGGGUGCAUAGCUGUAAUUUAUUUUGUUUAUAUAAAGUGAUAAAUUUGUCCAUUAAUACUAAUAAUUAUUUUUUUUAAAUACACAAAUAUAUCUUUCUUUACUCUUA